CUUGGCUUCCUCUGCUGGGUGGAACUGGGGGCUGGGCCCCUGGCUUCCCCCUUCCUCGGGCAGGGGACAGAGGCGCAGGCCCAGCCAGGGAGCAGGGACUGACUUCCUCUUGUCCCGGAAUGAGCAUGCCUGCCCUUCACAGGCAGGUUUGGGGCUCUCACACAGAGGAAACCAAGAGCGGCGGCGAGAGGGAGGGCAGGCAGAGCGACCAAUCAAGGAAGGGCUGGGUGAGGCACAGAAGCUGCGGCUCCCGGGGGAGCCAGACGGAGGCUGGGGGUGAUGGCGGAGCUGCAGCAGCUGCAGAACCUGGACAUCCCCACGGGCCGGGAGGCUCUGCGAGACAACCACAGCGCCCUGCUGCGGGUGGCCGACUACUGCGAGGACAACUACGUGCAGGCCACAGACAAGCGGAAGGCGCUGGAGGAGACCAUGGCCUUCACGACCCAGGCUCUGGCCAGCGUGGCCUACCAGGUGGGCAACCUGGCAGGGAACACACUGCGCAUGCUGGACCUGCAGGCGGCUGCCCUGCGCCAGGUGGAAGCCCGCGUGAGCACCCUGGGCCAGAUGGUGAACAUGCAUUUGGAGAAGGUGGCCCGACGGGAGAUCGGCACCUUAGCCACUGUCCAGCAGCUGCCCCCUGGCCAGAAGGUCAUCGCCCCCGAGAGCCUGCCCCCCCUCACGCCCUACUACAGGAGACCCCUCAACUUUGGCUGCCUGGAUGAUGUUGGCCACGGGAUCAAGGACCUGAGCACGCAGCUGUCGCGGACCGGGACCCUGUCUCGCAAGAAUAUCAAGACACCUGCCGCCCCUGCCUCCGCCACACUGGGGAGACCACCCCGGAUCCCCGAGCCGGUGCAGCCUCCCACAGUGCCGGACGGCAAACUCUCCGCCGCCUCAUCCGUCUCUUCCUUGGCCUCAGCAGGCAGCGCCGACGGUGGCAGUGGGGUCUCCGCGCCCAAGGGACAGGAGGCACCCCCACCCCCACCGCCACUUAGCUCUUUGGCCCCGCCGCCUCCUCCUGCCAACGAGGUCUUCCUGCCCCCGCCUCCCCCGGAGGAGCUGUCCCCGCCCCCUCCAGCCGAAGAGCUGCCCCCGCCCCUGGACCUGCCCCCUCCUCCACCCCUGGACCUGGACCAGCUGGGGCUGCUGCCUCCGCCCCCGCCAGGCUUUGGGCCGGAAGAGCCCAGCUGGGUCCCUGCAGCCUACUUGGAGAAAGGUACCUGACUCUGGGCACUGGAGGGCACCUCGUCCCAGGUCCCGGGUCUGGCCUCUGCUGCUGCCCUGUCCCAACUUUACUUCCCUCUAGACACCAACCCCACUCCGGCAAAGGGGUUCUUCCCUUAACCUCCCGCCACACACCCACACACACAUACGCACGCGCGCGCACACACAUGCUUUCCAAUGAGCCGAGCUCAGAACCAAGCUGGGUGGACAGCAGCCGCCCGGUGCUGGAUAUUAACGGAUCCUGAAGGUUUGGGAGCCCCGCAACCUUCUCCCCUAGAUGCUCCCCAGGGUCCAGUGUUCCCCGGGGGGCCUCCCCGUGCACCUCAGGCACCCUCUCCCCCGGCCUCAGUGGUGACUCUGCACCCGUACACCGCGCUGAAGGACAAUGAGCUCUCCUUCUCCGAGGGCACUGUCAUCUGCGUCACGCGCCGCUACUCCGACGGCUGGUGCGAGGGCGUGAGCUGUGAGGGCGCUGGAUUGUUCCCGGGGAACUAUGUGGAGCCCAGCUGCUGACCGCCCAGGGCUCUCCCUGUGCCCACCCAGGCUCCGAGCCGAGCCAGCCCGCUGGACUGGGCUGCCCGCAUUUUGCACUGUGAGCUGUGGUCUGUCCCUUCCCCCUGCCCCCAAAGUGGGGGCGCUGGGGAGAGAAGGUACUCGGAGGUCUGCUGCAGAGGGGACAGAACCGGAGGCCGAGGAGUGUGGGGAUGACCCUGGCCACAGAGGACCCCUCCCACGUGCUUGGUGGGGGUCUCCAGCUUCA